CCGCGGAAUGCGGUCUCACCCGAGCUCAGUUUUCAAAUAUCGCGGACGAAAGCGGACGGUUUUAUUUUCGCAAGCAGUGAAAAGUUCUUAAAGAAUUUACAACAUGGCUAAUGUCAUGGAUGUGUCUACUCCGGACAACCUCCAGUACCAGUUCUUUCCAGUGUCCAGCGGCGUUGUCCAGUUCAAAGUGCGAACACCCAAUGACGCCCACGUCGCUCUUACUAUGGCUCCCCAAGAUUCUGAGCCGAUAUACGAGAUUAUGAUCGGCGGCUGGGGAAACACAAAGAGUGUGAUCAGGAAGAACAAAACAAGGCCAGACAAGGUGGAAAUAGAAACACCCGGUAUUGUGAACGGCGGCGAGUUCCGCGGUUUCUGGGUGCGCUGGGACGGCGGCGUGGUUUCCGCUGGCCGCGAAGGCGAGAGCAUACCCUUCAUUUCUUGGGCGGACCCGGAACCAUUCCCCGUCGCCUUCGUCGGCGUAUGCACCGGCUGGGGCGCUACCGGCACUUGGAAAAUAGAAGAGGCGGAAGAAUUCAACACUCCGGACAAGUUAGAAUAUAAAUUCGGACCCGUAGCGGCCGGCUCCCUGGAAUUUGAGUACCGUGGUCCCCAUAACUGCCACGUAUGUUUGUCGCCGGGACCCGGCGAGAUGGAUCCCAUGUACGAGUUUAUCCUCGGCGGCUGGGAGAAUACCCAGUCCGUUAUCAGACACUGCAGACAGAAGCCCGACAAGGUGACAGUUCCGACGCCCGGUCUGAUGAAUCCCAACGAGUUUAGGAAAUUCCUGAUCGAAUGGAGAUGCGGCAGGUUGAUUGUUCGCGACGGGUCAAAUGGGGCAGUGAUAAUGGAGUGGGUAGACCCGACCCCCUUCCCGGUGACGCACUUCGGGGUACGGUCGGGUUACGGCGCGCACGGCAGCUGGCGCAUCAGGCAUUUCUACAGCGGCGGAGCGUCUCUAGCGCCAUCGGCGCCUACAGCGGCGGCCCUGUACAGUCCGCCGGCGGGCUACCCCGGCGCAGCGCCGGCGGGCUACCCGGGCGCAGCGCCAGCGGUGGCGCCUUCGGGCGGGGCGGGCGUGUGGAUGGACGCGAGCAGUGGGCAGGUAGUGCCGGGCGCCGUGGUCGGCGGACAAGACUGCUCCGGCGAGCCGCUGUACGUGGCCCGCGCACAGCACGAGGGCGCCAUGCUGCCCGGAAAACUGGUUACCUCUCACGGCUGCGCCUACGUUCCCUGGGGCGGACAGGAACACGGCAAAGGGCAAUAUCAGGUCCUUGUGGGUGGUCCUAACAACUGGGUGCCUGUGAGUGGAUCCAACAUUCCUCCGGGGGCGUUCCCUGGCGGCGAGUCCGAAGACGGGGAGCCUCUAUACAUCGGCCGUGUACGUCAUGAGGGCAGCAUCACCACGGGGAAAGUACAACCCUCGCACGGUGUCUGCUACAUCCCAUUCGGUGGACAGGAACUAGGUUUCCCUGACUAUGAAGUACUGAUGGCUUAAAACAUGACAAGUGAAAGAAAAAAAAAAUUAUGAUAUUAUAUCACGUAGCAAGUAAGCUUUGUGCGCAGUGAAACUGCUCAGACGAAUAAAGAUGAUUCACGCUGUGCCUAUAAUUAUAUUAUUUUGCUGCACUGCAUAAUAACUAUAUUUUAUCU